CCUGCAGCCUUGUCACAGGCCUCAGUGACACAGCAGCAUGGCCACAGCCAACGACAGGGCCGUCCUGCAGACCAUCUUCAACCCCAGCACACCUUUUGGGGAUAUCCCAGGGUUGGAUGAGGAAGAGGAGGAUGUCCAGGAUGAAGUGGAAGCUUUUCCGUUGGAGCUGCUGGAUCAAGUGCGGGAGCUGGAGCUGCAGGGGGUUUCUGCGGCUGAGUCAGGAGACAUCAGCACGGCCCUGGAGCGGUUCAGCGAGGCCAUUCGCCUGCUGCCCGAGCGAGCCUCGGGCUACAACAACCGGGCCCAGGCCCUGCGUUUGCGCGGAGACGUGGCAGGUGAGCAGCGCAGCUGCGGGCGGUCUCCUGGAAGCCCCAGCCCCCACCAACGCCUGCCCUCGUUGCCAGGUGCCCUGCAGGACCUGGACGCUGCCAUACGGCUGAGCCGCGGCCGCGGCCGUGCCGCCUGCCAGAGCUUCGUGCAGCGCGGCCUCAUCCACCGGCUGCAGGCGCGGGACGAGGACGCCCGGCGGGACUUCGAGCGCGUAGCGCGCUUGGGCAGUGCCUUCGCCCGACAGCAGCUCGUGCUCCUCAACCCCUACUCUGCGCUCUGCAACCAAAUGCUCUGCGAGAUGCUCGGUCGGCUGCGCAACCCCGAUGGGACCGGGAGCGACUGAGACCGGCAGGAGAUGGGCUGGGUAGAGCCGUGCUCCUGAGCUGGCCCAGGCAGACACGUCCUGGUGGCCAGAAAAGGUCCACCUCAAGUGCCAGAGCUCCUGUUCCUCUUCUUGGCUAACAGGCAGGGACGGGAAAGUACCAAAGCACUUUGCUGUGUUUGUCUCGCUCUGCUCCACCCCGAAUAAAGCUCCCCCUGUUCCCAGCACCUGGGCUCUGCUUGUGGC